AUUCGAGUUGGUGGGUAACUCCCUAUCCUCACAGACUCACAAAAGCGUAAAGGGUAUUGUAGGGUUACGUGCAGAGGUACCCAAGGAAGGUGUGGAUGUAACCGGAAGCGCGUGGGUCAAGUAUUCACAAAUGGGGCUCGGGUAUGUUGGAUACGUCACUAUUCUGGAAUGCACUCAGGAAUAUGCACAAAUCAUUUGUGAUUUCUUUAAGAUUGCUGUUCAUCACAUAUCACCGACGAGAUACAAGAAAAGGUGAUCAUUUUGUCAACUGGGCACAAAACUGGUUUUUCAGUGUGCUAUAAAAGUUCCCAACGAGGUUUCGUCUGUUCCAGUUUGACUUCUUUUAGAUUUUCCUCUUAAGUCUACGAAUGCAGUAACAAGACCAACUGUAAAGACGAACUUGCGUGGUUAACAGUUAACUGACCAGGGUGCUGACAUGUCCGCUCCGCCGGCUAUUCUUGCCAAAGCUCUGUUUGAUAACUUUGCUGAUGCACCUGAUGAAUUAAGCUUCAGAAAGGGUGAUGUUAUCACUGUGCUAGAACAAGAUGUGGAUGGCCUUAUUGGUUGGUGGUUGUGUUCAUUGCAUGGGAGACAGGGAAUUGCUCCUGGAAAUCGUUUGCAGGAAAUUAAGAGGAGACUAGAAGGACAUACAUCGCCUCAAACAUACAAAUCUACUGAGUGUUUUUCUCUUGAGGAUAUUGAUUAUGAUGUUCCCAAGUCUCAUGAGGUUGGUGAGGAUUAUGCUGUACCAAGAGGAGUCGCAAGUCCUGACUAUGAUGUGCCAAAUGCGAAUAGACCUGAGGGAUUUGUACACUCUAGUAAAGAAUUUGAAGAGUUGGAGCAACAGUUAAGUAAUCUUCCUGGUAAAAAUUUAUUAAAUGACGAGGUCAACAGUAAGCAAUCCAGAAUUGAAAAUGAUGUCAAGGACCAAGCAACAUGUGAUGAUAUGUAUGAUGUACCCACACCACGCCUUGAAGAUGACGUACCUCCAGAAGUUUAUGACCUGCCUCAAAAUUCUGACAAGGAGCAGAGCCAUAUUGAGCUGUUUUCCAAUCAGACAACUGACUUGUAUUCUGAUGACAAUGUAUCCAGCAGUGCUGUUGCAAUGUGUAAUAGUCCUGAUCAAGGGGUAUCUAAACCAGAAAGUGACAGUAAGAAGCCUUUACUGGUUCACGAAGAACCUGAAAUCUAUGCUGAAAUCUAUGAUGUUCCUGCUGCACCAAAUGUUCACGAAAGAGAAAAGGUUUUUGAAAGACCUUUGUCACAGGACACAAAUGUGAACAGAAACAGUGUAGAAUUUAACAAUCCAAGAAAUUCACGAGAUCUUGUGGCACACUCAUUGGUGAUAAGUAGUGGUGGGAAGCGUCAGUCAACAUCUAGCACAGACAGCGCAAAGUUGAGUUCAGAGGAUGAUGACUAUGUUGACUAUCAAGACAUUUAUGGUGAUGGACGGGGCAAAGAUGUCAAUGUGUACGAUGUUCCAGUUCAGACUACGCUACAUGGUGUCAGAAGUGAAACACACAUAGUACUGCCGCUCAUGGCCAUGCCGGAAGCCAACGUGGUGAGUUUUUUGAUGUAUUUUCUGUGAACUCUCCUGUCGAUAUUUCUGUACAAGUAUUACAUGUAUGCCUACCACGAGUGAAGGUGAUGGCGCUUCGGGUACACUACCCUCGAUGAUAACUGUUCCUGUGAAUAUACAGCUUCCAGAAAUGAUGGAUUUAAGCGGUGGAAAUCUUCCUGUCAAAUGGCAACGAUUCUGUUGAGCGUGGUCAAAUUACGAAAUUGCGGCUCAGCUAAAAGACCCCGAAAAUCCGGGCAGCAAUAAGGAAUGACGGGCAGCCACAUUGCUUACAUGCAUCGGUUCUGAUGCAUUAGACGUAAUUGAUGCUAGGGAGUUUGAGAACAAAAUCCAAAGAAAAGACCCAGAAGUGAUCUUAGAAAAGAUGAAACAAUACUGCAUUGGGGAGUGCAAU